AUGGAGGGUCUGGGUCGCACGAUGCCCGCGGGCCGCGCGGCGCGCAGUUCCGCGAGGGCGAGCAAGCCGUGCAGUCAGCCCCUCAGGAUGGGUUCGUUCGCAAGGCGUCAGCUGAACGUGCGGCUGAGGGCCGACACCCUCGCUGGACGCCCAGAGGUCGGCCUCACGGACCGCGGAUGCGCGUGCGCGGCGGGCAGGGGCGAGCGCGCUGCGGAAUCCCGCGCAUCGCGAAUGUUGGAGGAAAUGCAGUCGAUUCUCGAGGCGGCGGAGCAGGGCGGGAGCGCGAGCUUCGCCUCUGGGCCAGGGGAAAGCGCGCAGACCCUGACGGAGCGGUUGCGCGCGCUCGACCUCAGCGACACCCCCGUGGCCACCAAGGCCGCGCUCAUGUCGUCGCUGAUGGUGUCCGUGCUGCAGGCCGCCGAGGCGCAGGCCGACACGCUGACCUCUUCCGGCGCGCCGCACACGUCCUCGGCGCUCUCGGCCGGGGCGGGCGGGCCCGUGUCGUUCCACGGCGCCGCCGCGGGCCUCGACACCUUCGCGGGCGCCGCGGUCGGCUCCCUCGAAGGCUCCCUCAACGGCGUCGACGGGGUCCAGGAGGUGGCGCAGCUCGCGGUGCGGGAGCUCGGCGCCGCGGGCGACCAGUUCUCCCAGGGCCUCUCCGGCGCGCUCUCGGAGACCCUCCGCUCCGUGUCGAACCUCCAGACGCCCGUCGGCGCCUCGCUCGACGGCUCCGGCGCCGCCGACCAGGCGCACAUGCUGGAGUCGUUCGCGGCCUUCUUCGCGGCGCUGCUCCACGGCAUCGUCGAGACGGUGCACUCGGUCGCGCCGCACCUCGCGGACAGCCCCGCGGUCGCCAGCGCGCUCGCCGCGGCGCAGGACGCGGUCGCGCGCCCCGGCGCCGGCACGACGCUCCUGGCCGCCGCCGCCGCCGCGGGCGUCCUGGCCAUCCUCGGGCAGGCGAUGCGCGGCGCGCCCGACGACGAGGCCGGCGCGCCGGGCGUCGACGUGGGCGUGCCCGUGGACCCCGAGGGCCUCCCGCUGCGGUACGACCCCGUGGCAAUCCACCUGUACCUGAAGAAGCGGCCGAUGAUGGUGAUGCGGCGGACGGUCGUGGUGGGCAGCGAGGCGCUCCGGAUGGGCACCGCGCUGCUGAUGGACGUGUACACGGGGAAGUGGCGGUCGAACAUGCCGCGGCGCGCGGUGGAGGCGCGGCGGAUUUUGCAGGACCUGGGCCCGACGUACGUCAAGCUCGCGCAGCUCAUGUCGACGCGCGUGGACAUGAUCGCGAAGCCGUACCUCGAGGAGUUCACCAAGCUGCAGGACCGCGUCCGGCCGUUCUCCACGGGCGAGGCGCGGGAGAUCCUGACGGAGGAGCUCGGGCGGCCCCCCGAGGAGGUCUUCCAGUGCCUCUCGGAGCGGCCCGUGGCCGCGGCGUCGAUCGGGCAGGUGUACCGCGGGAUCCUGCGCGAGGAGUUCGGCGGCGGCGAGGUCGCGGUGAAGGUCCAGCGCCCGGACAUCAUUGAGAACUCGAGCCUGGACCUGUACGUCAUCCGGCGGCUGUUCCUGGUGCUGGACCGGCUGCCGGCGGUGUCGGCGGACCUGGUGGCGCUGCUGGACGAGUGGUCGGAGCGGUUCUUCUUCGAGAUGGACUACACGCACGAGGCGGAGAACUCGAUGCGGUUCCAGGCGGACAUGAAGGGGCUCGAGGGGGUGACGGUGGCGGACGUGUACCCGGAGCUGUCGACGCGGCGCGCGCUGGUGACGAGCUGGGUGUACGGCGAGAAGCUGAGCGAGAGCGACGCGGGCGACGUGAAGGCGCUCGCGACCACCAUGCUCAACUGCUACCUCAUCCAGCUGCUCGAGACGGGCUUCCUGCACGCGGACCCGCACCCGGGCAACCUGAUCCGGACGCCCGACGGCAAGAUCUGCGUCCUGGACUUCGGGCUGAUGGCCGAGGUGCCGGCGGAGCAGCGCGCGGGCCUGGUGAACUUCAUUGCACAUCUCAUCUCGCGCGACUGGGACGCGGUCACGCGGGACCUCUCCACGCUCGGGUUCAUCCCCGAGGGCGCGCCGGACCCGAAGGAGGCCGGCCUCACGGACAUGCUGAGCUACGUGUUCGGGCAGCUCGUCGACGGCGGCGGCGCGGGCAAGAGCCUGUCCAUCUCGCAGCUCAUGACCGAGAUGGAGGGCGUGGCCGACAACUACCCGAUCCAGAUCCCGCCGUACUUCGCGCUCGUCUUCCGCGCGUUCGGCGUGCUCGAGGGCGUCGCGCUCCGCGUCGACCCGCAGUACUCUAUCGUGCAGGAGUGCUCGCCGUACAUCAGCCGGCGCCUGCUCACGGACCCGAGCGAGGAGUCCCGCAUGCUCCUGCGCCAGCUGAUCUACAGCGAGAGCGGCCGCAUGGACCUCCGGAAGCUCGAGACGAUGGCGCAGGGCAUGAAGCGCUUCUCGACGGCGCCGGUCGCCGCGCGCACGGACGCGCCCGACGCGGCGCCGCGGCUGGCCGAGCCCAAGCCCGCGCUGGACCCCGCGGUGAAGGACGCGCUGCGGAUGAUCUUCUCCGAGGAGGGCGCGCACGUGCAGGAGCUGCUGGUCGACGAACUGGUGGCGUCCGUGGACGCGCUGUCGCGCGAGGCCAUGGGCGAGCUGGUGCGCAUCGUGGUCGGGUCCGCGGGCGUCACGACGGCGCUGAACGAGAUGGAGGCGUUCGGGCCGAUGACGCCCAUCAUGGUGCGGCCCAUGGGCAUCUCGCUCGAGAUGAUGGCCGCGGCGGCGCCGAGCGUGGAGCUGACGCAGGAGGACGAGGAGGCGCUGUCGAACGUGUACACCGUCUGGGAGCUGCUGCGCCCGGAGCUCAAGUCGGUCAGCCCCACGCGCGCGCGCGAGGCGCUGCUGGCCGCCGUGGAGCUCCUGCAGCUGGCGCCCGACGUGAUGCCCGGCGUGCGCCGCACCGCGUCGCAGUUCGCGCGGCUCUUCCUCAGCCGGAUGGCCGCGAGGGUCGCCGACGAGCUCAACUCGCCGCGGCAGGGCGCGCGCCGUGCCCUCCCCGCCCCGCGGACGCAGCCCUACGACCAGUACGGGCAGUACGGGCAGGCGCGCGGGUACUGA